ACAGUCACAGUUAAAAUUGAGUAAGAUGUCAUCAGUAGACGAUCAGACGCGAGGUUUUUUAUGGACUGCUCCACGUUGCAUAUCAAGAGCAUUUCAACGAGCAAUAAUAAAUCUUUACAAUGGUAAAAUAUUUCAUGAGCCUUUUUCCCAAUUCUAUUUUGGUCCUAACCGUAAAAGUGACCGCUACAGAAAUAUUCCUUAUCAACUUCAUGGCACUUUGGAUGCUAUCAGUGAAAGUCUUUCGGCCAAACACGAAGGAAAGAAAUUUGUCUUCUCCAAAGAUAUGGCUUAUCAUCUAAAGGAUAAUUUUGAAAUUCUUCGACAGAAAGGUCUUAGAAAUUUUAAGCAUUCCUUUCGCAUUCGUAAUUCAAAGAAAGCUGUUCCUUCUCUUUAUCAUGCAUCAAUAAGUUCAAAGAAGACAGGUUGGUAUUAUUUCGAUCCACAAGAAGCUGGAUUUCGCGAAUUGUUGGACUUGUAUGAAUUUGUUGUUAAAGAGCUAGACCACAGUCCCAUUGUCGUCGACGCCGAUGAUCUUCUUGAAAAUCCUGAAGCAAUGAUCAAAAAAUAUUGCGAUGCGUCAGGUUUGGAGUACAUGGAAAAUAUGACUAGUUGGGAACCAGGAGUUGCAAUACCAGAGUGGAACUUAUGUACCGGCUGGCAUCAUGCUGUUGCAAAGAGCUCAGGAAUAAAGAAGAAUGAUAAAAUGACCUCAUCAAAAGAAAAAGAAAGCAAUGAAAUAGAUGAAAUUCUAUCUUGUGGACAGCAGCAUUCAUGUCAAUGUAUGAAUUUGUAAAAGAUUUCCAUAAAUUCCAUCUGAUUG